UGUACGUUGAUAUACCUCUGCCUUCUGGAAAGUAUAAAGAAAAGAAAAAGACAGUGACAAGACAGACAGUAAUUUCUUGUAAACAAACAGAAAAGUAAACAAACCAGAGCAACAAGCAAACGGAUCAAAGAACCAAUAAAACCUACACCAUGAAUGGCAUGGACUAUGAACAAGAUUUAAUUAACAAAUUACCAACGAAAAACCUUAUUGACCCCAACGGCUUCGAUGUGUCUAUGAGCGCAGUUCUAAUUGGUCUAGGCGCAGAAAAGUACACCAAUAUAUUUAGAGAUCACAAUAUUGGUCAAUGCACACUCAUUGAAUUAACGGACGAAGACUUGGUAAAAUUGGGUGUUGAUGAUCCAAAAAUCCGAGUUAAGCUCAUAGAAGAAGUGAAGAAUCUACCUAUUUAUGAGGAAACAGACCAUACAGCAAUAAGCCCUAAUUUAGACGUUAUGGAUAUAGUAGAUAUUUUGGAAGAGAGUUCACAGCAUAUGUACAGGAUAAACAUAAGUAUGAUGACUAAUACAUUAGUGUUAAAAAAGAAAAAAGUUCCUGAUUGUUUGAUUUACAAGGACAAGUAUGCAUCACACAUUGCUAUUAACACUUUGAGUCAUAUGACAAAUGUAUUAAACUCAAUGGAAACCUCCCUCCACAGUCAAAUUCGGAUACUAUCAAAGGAUUCAAGGAACAGGAGAACAAAAAAACUAUUAGUUGGGACACUUGGCAGUGCAGUUGUUGCUGUGAUAGCAAUUUUCUUUGUUCGCUCAUUAAAGCAUUUGUGAAUAUCCUAAAUUCCUUUAUCCAUAAAAGUUUGUGCUUGUGAAAA